ACAAAAUGACGUGGGAUGACAGCAGGGACAAGAAUCAGUCCAACGGGGCAACGGGAGCAGGACUUUACCCUUGAUUGUGGCUAUAAAAACUCCGAGCGGCAGUCUGCACCACACAAGUCACCAGACCGACGAAGAGACGAGCUGCCUCUGCAAGGGUCAAGGUCAAUCAUGAAGGUACUCGUGGUUCUCGCACUUGCUGUUUUCUCUGUUUGCGAUGCCAACGUCCUGUGGCAGCAGCCGCCCAAGAGCAACCUGGAGGUGGUGAAAGAUGCUUUCUGGGAUUACGUUGCCAAAGCGACACUCACUGCUGAGGACUCCCUGAAGCAGAUCAGACAGUCUGAGCUGGGACAGGAAGUCAACACCAGGAUCUCUCAGAGCGCCGACACCGUGAAUCAGUACGUCGUCGCUCUGCGCACUCAGGCGGCUCCUCUGACCCAAGACUUCAUGGCUCAGUUUACCCGGGAGGCGGAUCAGCUGAAGGCUCGUCUGGAGAAAGACCUGGCCGCCGUGGGCACAAAGAUGCAGCCCUACGCAGAUGAGCUGGUGGCGCACCUGCAGACGAAGGUGGAGGAGAUGAAGAAGGACGCGGCCCCCUACGCCACGGCCAUGGACCCAGAGGCCCUGAAGGCCCUCCUGGGGCAGAAGAGCCAGGAGCUGAAGGACCAGCUGGCUAAGAGCGUGAGCGAGCUGCAGGCGCAGAUGGUUCCCUUCACCGAGGAGAUGAAGCAAAAGAUGGAGCAGAGCCUGGAGGAGUUUCAGAGCAGCGUGAUCCCCGCGGCCCAGAGCUUCGAGGCCCAGCUCACCCAGAAAACCCAGGAGAUCCAGCAGAGCCUCACUCCGUACGGAGAGGAGCUGAAGACCAAGCUGGACGCCAGCGCUCAGGACCUGCAGGCUCAGCUCGCUGCCCUGUGGGAGUCGUUCACCGAGAAGACCCAGUAAACGGGCUGCUCCGCUCGGUCUGCCUGGAAGGCCUCGCUGCUCCUCAAGCAUCCACACUCAAAAUAUUUAUUUUAACUGCACCCAAAGUAUAUUUCAUCCAAUAAAACUUGACAAUUAA